UUUAAUAAUCAAAUUUUUGACAAGUAAAAACAGAUUUAUCAAUAUUUAUAUUUCUACUGUGUUUUUAGAUUUAGCAUUCAAAAUAAAUAAUGUGAUAUACCAUCAUGUGUAGUGAAGCGUGUAUAGAAUGUUUUUCUAGGUGGAGAUUAUGGAUAAGGCCUCUUUUUAUUCUUUUAUAUGCCUUAGCUGCUUUAGUCUUUGUACCAUUAUUUUUAGUUAAAUCCUUAGAAGAUGGUUUUAAUAAACAUGAUCAGGAGAUUCUUAUAGGUGGUAUUUUUGUAUGGGUGGCCAUUCCUUUAUCUUUUUGGGAAAUUAUACAGCAUGUCAUACAUUAUGUUCAACCUAAACUACAGAAACAUGUUAUUAGAAUAUUAUGGAUGGUCCCAAUCUAUGCCAUUAACGCAUGGUUGGGACUCAUUUAUCCAGAUCAAUCAGUAUAUGUAGAUAGUAUAAGAGAAUGCUAUGAGGCCUUUGUAAUCUAUAAUUUUAUGAAAUUUCUGUUGAAUUAUUUAAACAUGGAAAUGGAUUUAGAAGCAAAUUUGGAGCUAAAGCCACAAGUGAAGCAUAUAUUCCCGCUGUGUUGUUUGCCGGAUUGGGAAAUGGGCAGGGAGUUUGUUCAUAUUUGUAAGCAUGGAAUAUUGCAGUAUACUGUGGUGAGGCCUUUAACUACGGCUAUUUCUUUUGUCUGUAAAAAUUUCGAUGUAUAUGGAGAUGGUCAAUUUAAGGCAAACGUGGCGUUCCCGUAUUUGACAGCAGUCAAUAAUGUUUCUCAGUUUAUCGCCAUGUACUGUUUGGUGAUGUUUUACAAAGCUAGCGUCGCAGAAUUAAGACCUAUGAAGCCACUGCCUAAAUUUCUGUGCAUCAAAGCAGUUGUGUUCUUUUCUUUUUUCCAAGGAGUACUCAUACAACUAGCCGUCUACUUUGAAUUCAUCAAACCCGGUGCAGAUUCCCCUGAUCAAGGUCUAAGUCUUUCUACGAGACUCCAAAAUUUCCUGAUUUGCAUCGAGAUGUGUUUGGCUGCCAUUGCCCAUCACUACAGUUUCUCUUAUGAACAGUACCUAAUGCCCGGAUCGCCUAGCAGAAACCAAUCCUGUUGUUCAUCAUUCCUGGCCAUGUGGGAUAUUUCUGACGUGCAUACGGAUAUUAGGGAACAUAUAGGAAUAGUUAGUAGUUCAAUAAGUAGAAGAAUCAGAGGUAGAAGCAUGUACAGCAUUCCGAGAGGCGAAGAUGAAUAUGCGAAUUUAGUGUCGCCCAGGGGAGCACACAGCGUGCCGAAUCCUGGGUAUUACCAGAACGAUAGUGAGGAUAUAAUUGUUAAUUAUGGUACUGUAAGUUCUAGUCAAACGGCCAAAGUGCAUAAUAAUAAAUACAGUACGUAACCCGCGAAAAGAUAAGAUAUCGUUUUACAAGUAAUGUUAAAGGUACUUAACUGCCGCAAGUUAGAUUGAUUUUAGGGUUAGUUUUGACAGAUCUCUCGAAUAACACAGGAUUUCUUAUGAUUUCAAACAAGCAAAGCAAGUUAGUGAGGUUAGGAAUUUGCUGAACUUUAAGCUUGCUAAUAUUAUUUCAAAAGAUAGUACUGUAUCGUGCAUUUCAUCCUGAACAAUUGAAACCCUUCUCCUGAACUAAGGAUAAAACAUAAACGGUAUCGGGGGUUUUAUAGUUUAAUAAAAUGAAAGACAAAUAAUCAAGUAGGUUGUUUAUGUUUUAUUGACAGAUCUUCUUCUUCACGUGCCAUCUCCGAGACAUCAUCAUGGCUAUUCUGAUCUUAGAAUAUAGAUGAUAGAUACUGGACUGCAAAAUUACUGAAAAUGUAGUUUUUGUCUAGAGUCUAGAUGAAGACCAUUCAUCACACUGCUUUAAUCUCAUUCCAAUGCUGGCAAAACGUGUUGACAUAUUUCUCUCGAGAUUUUCAGCAUUUUUGAUAUGAUAUUGUGAUUUAAUGACGUCAAAUUUGUCGGUUUGUUCUCAUAUACGUGAAAGUUUGUUUAGCAGUAAGUGGUUGACUUCAAUUAGUGCGGUCGUAAAUAUUAUUAAAUUUAUCUGACUUGGCCCAUUGUUAAGACCGGUCCGGAGCGAUAAGCAAACGAGGUAGACAGAGUUGGUCUUUUGACAAUUAUCACUGACUAGACGGUACUCCUAUAAUAAAGCAAAGGAUUCACAAAAUUUACAAAAAUUACGACGACAAAAACAAAAAACGGAUGUAAAAUAUAUUGCUUUGCCUUAUGUACCCGAAAUUAAUGUUUUCAAAUAAGUUUUAAAAUAAAUUAAAUCUAUUUUAUUUGCUAAGAUUAUAGAAAAACAAACAUUCAAACAUAAUUUUAAAUUUUACCUGAAGCCGGGCCUUUUAUACUAUUAUCGGUUAACCCAGGAUGUUUAUAGUCGGUACUAUUUGAAGUCAACCAUUUACUGCUAAACAAACUUUACUUUUCAUGUAUUGCCACAGAAAAUUGUUAAGAGGAUUGAAAUCAGGAUUCCUAGAAGGCCAGUUAAUGGUGUCUCAUUUAUUCUGGAAUAAUUGGUUUACUGUAGCACCUGAUAAAUCAGAAGUUAUUGUCCCGUUUUUGCUGAACUCUUAAAUUGCAUCUCUUAAGUUGCAUCCUUGAAAUUCUUGGACGAAAAAGUUUAAUAAUAAAUGAGACAAAUAGAAAAGAUUAUUAAAAGAAUAACAAAAAUAGUGAAUCAAGCUGGGCUUGCAGAGUUAAUCUAUUAUUUUUAUUAUAUUUAAUCCUGCUUUAAAAUACCAAAUAAUAUGUGAUAUUAGAAACGAUUACCAUUUUGUGUAAGUGAAAAAUUUAUCGAAAACUUGAACCGUAUAGACUUAUCUCCAAAUAAUUAUCUUUUAUUACAAAUUUACCCCUUUAAAUAAUGUAAUAAUGCUUUACAGAAAUCUUUAGUUCAAAGUCUGUGAUUUUAUAGUAGUCCAGAGAAAUAAGGUUUUUCUCGUGACACAUCCCCCUCCAGGCCGAAACCAAAUUUGUUUAGUAGUAUGGAUAUCUAUAUUAUUAACCUAUAUGUUUCCUGCAGCCGAUUUUGAUGAUAUACAUAGUUAUAAACAAAUGAAGAUCGAAAAACGGUAAAUUAUCGCUUUUUUCGUCUAUUACCAAAAAGUUAAGCACUUUAAACAAAUUUGAGAGUAAGAAACUCAUAAAUGGUAUAAAAAACUUCAAUAUGGCAUUCGUUGAAUAUGUCCAACCUUAUUGGUUGCUUAGAAAAUUGCAAAAUAAAUCAUAAAUAUUGAGUUUUUAUAAAUAUUCGUAACUUAGGUAAAAAUUAACUUAGAAUCUUCUUAUUACGCGGAAUGCCGAGACUUCUUGUACUUAAAUUAUAUUUUAAAUUUCAAAGCAAUUGGUCAAAUAGUUUAAAAGUUAUUUAAUUUAUUUUUCCCAAAUUCGUUUUUUUUUGCAACACUAUAAGUCAGAAAAUUAUGAGGUUACAAUAAUACUUCGGACAGUUUAUGAAAGAAGAACAUUUAUACUAUUACCUUAAUUCAAAAUAAAUGACAAAAAAUAAUUUUAAACAGUGUAAAAUUAUUUUGCAAAAACAUGUCCAUUUUUUGCUUACUUAUAAACAAUUAGAAUAACUUUUUAACCGUUACCCGUAGAAAAAUUACUUUUUCAUAUUUAGAAAGACUGAAUUUUUAUACACAUUUAAAAAGAAAAACAACUGUUCUAGGACAUUUAGGGACAAAGUUAGCCCCCCCCCCCCCCAUUUUUUUAAUACACAUGUAUUUGCAAUAUCUAUAAUUAUUUUUUGUCAUUUUUUUUAAAUUAAAUUAAUACUGUAAAUUUUCUUCUUUCAUAAACUAUCCAAAAUAUUACUGUAACUUCAUCAUUUUCUGACUUACAGUGUUGCAAAAAAAAUAAAUUUUGGAUAAACAAAUUAAAUAACUUUUAAACUAUUUGACCAAUUGCUUUGGAAUUUAGGGUGUAAUUUCAGCACCAUAAGUCUCAGCAUUCCAUGUAAUAAGAAGGUUCUAAGUUAAUUUUUACAUAAGUUAUGAAUAUUUAUAAAAACUCAAAAUUUAUGAUUUAUUUGGCAAUUUUCUAAGUAACCAAUAAGGAUAGACAUAUUCAGUGAACGCCAUAUUGAAGUUUUUAUACGGUUUAUGAGUUUAUUACUCUCAAAUUUGUUUAAAAUGCCCAAUUUUUUAGUAAGAGACGAAAAAAGCGAAAAUUUACCGUUUUUUGAUCUUCAUUUGUUUAUAACUAUGUAUAUCAUCAAAAUCGGCUGCAGGAAACAUAUAGGUUAUUAUUAUAGAUGACCAUAUUACUCGAAAAAUUUGGUUUCAGCCUGGAGGGGGAUGUGUCACCAACACGAUAUUUUUUUUCCUUAUUUCUCUGAACUAUAGCCUAACCUGACUAAAUUUGUCCAAAAAUAUAAUUAUUUAAAAUAACACGGUCAGUGUGUAUUUUAUUUUCCAAAAAGACGAUGAAGCAUCGUUUUUAAGAUUAAUCGAUCUGAUAUAACCUUUUUAAGUAUAAACCAUAUACAUCAUUUCGCGCGCAUUUUUAAAUUUGACACAUUUGGUGAAUAUUUAAGUGACUAUAUCACGGUUCUGACUAUAUAGUGUUUAUUAGUCGUCUUUAGUGCCAACCUUUAACACUAAAAGAUUCAAUAUAGAAUUGUAAUACAGUAUGCGGCAAAAUAAACAGUACUGAAAUGAAUAUUAAAAUGUUUAAUAUUAUUAUUAUUGCUAUAUUUAGUAUACAUCAUGAUACUAUAAAUAACAAGAUAGUAUCUUCCCGUAGCGCAAAUACGUCCGAGUUCGCGCAUCGCAUGACGUAACUGCAGACCGGAAUUUGAAUUCUUGUUGUUAGCUUAUAGUCCAGGCUGUAUCGUCGCCCCCGUUAGGUAACAUAUUCCGAUUCGAUUUUGUUGCACAAACUCACUUAAAAAGAGUUCCUUAUAACAAAUACACAGAGUGCCGGGAGGUGCCGCGGUCGGAAAAUUAUUUAAACAAUUUCAAAAAAUCAAUUUUUUCACUUCAAAAAAAUCAUUUUUUUCACUUCGUAUAUUUUUUUUGAUUCUUUGGGUCAUUAUGAGCCAAAAAGGUCUCUUGUAAUUUUUCUCUAAAAUUGACUGUUGUUGAGUUAAACUCGAUUUAAAAUUUGAAAAACGCGAAAAUGGCCAUUUUCUAGGCUUAAUAACUCGGUUAAAAAUUAUUAUUAUUAUGAAAGUCAAAAAGUGACUGAAUCAAAGUUAAAAGCCCCCCUAGAGGAUUCUGAAGAAAUUUUGUCAUGAUUUUAUUACUGAGCUAUUAUUUUUAAUUGUUAACCAUGAGCGCUAAGUAAGGCGGCCGUCAAUGUGAGUGCAAGUGAGAUGCACCAUUAGACGGCCGGAAUGGUGCAUCUCUUUCGCACUCACCAUUGACGGCCGCCUAUACACAGUUAGCGCUCUUUGUUAAUAAUUAAAAAUAACAGCUUACUAAUAAAAUAAUGACAAAAAUUUUUUCAGGAUCUUGUAGGGUGGACUUUAAACUUUGAUUUGGUCACUUUCUAACUUUCAUAGUAAUAAUUUUUAACUGAGUUAUUAAGCCUUGAAAAUGGCGAUUUUCGCGUUUUUCAAAUAUUAAAUUGCGUAUAACUCGACAAAAAUAAAUUUUAGAGAAAAAUCACAAGAGACCUUUUUUGCUUAUAAUGAUCCAAAAAAUCUAAUAAAAUUUAACAAAUCGAAAAAGUUAAUGUUUUGAAUUUGUUUAAAAAAAAAUGUUUAAACAAUUUUCUGACCGCGGCACCUCCCGGCACCCUGCGGAUUUGUUAUAAGGAACCCUUUUUUAGUAAGUUUGUGCAAAAAAAUCGAAUCGGAAUAAUUUACCUAACGGGGGCGACCAUACAGCCUGGACUAUACAACCGCGAGCAAUUCAAACUAAUCGGAAAUCAUUCGGUCAUUACGAACUUGGGUCUCCAGUUACGUCACGACUCCCUUCUCUUCGAGAUGCGCAAUAUAUUAUCUUGUUAUUUAUAGUAUCAUGGUAUACAUCAUAUACCAUAAACCCUUGCAAUCAUUAUUUACGACUACGUUUCCGAUAAACCAGAUGUUAAAUAUGGUCUCUAGCACGAAAAAAAUCUUUUUCUAGUCCACAAUUCCAGAAUGUCAGAUGGUGGAUUAGUCUGCUCCCUUCAGCAUUCCCCAUGUGUACGCAUCAGAUGGUGUUAGGUUUGGUGAGUGGCGAUCUCCCAAAAUCAUCGCCCAGUAUUCGAAGAGACUCCCUGGCCGUGUGACAGGUUGCCCCGUCCUGUUGAAAUCAUUGUUGAUUUUAAGCUUGGAUCGUUUUCGCGACCUUUUCCGUAUGGCCGAAAAUAGUACCCCGCGAUAAAAAAUUUUUCUGCAAUACUGAAAACCAUCCUAAAGUAUCUAACAUUAACUAGUGAUGUUGAUUAUAGAUACUUUCGAGUAUUCGUUACAAAUCGUUACUUUUGUAUAAAGUACAUAAUCAUUUACAGUAUUCGUUACUUUGAUUACUAUGAUUACUUUUGUAUUUGAGUACCGGUAAUCAUAUCGAGAAUCGUAUUUCUCAGUAGGUGGGUAUUUUGUAUAGGUAUUCGAUAUAAUAACGACCUUCACGAAUUACGAAGUAAUCAGAGUAAUCAAAGUUAUCAAAGUGGAUACAAUAGUCGUUACUCGCUCUGAUACGAUCGGUACGAAGUAAUCAGAGUAAUCAAAGUAGAUACAUGAGUCGUUAUUCGCUUAUUACGAUUGGUAUGAAGUAACGAAGUAAUCAAAGUAGAUACAAUAGUCGAGUAAUCAAAGUAACGAUUUCCCUCUCUGUAUAGUAAUCGUUACUUUCGGUAUUCGUAAGUAACGAGUACUUUCUAACGAAUAGUUACUUUUUCAACAUCACUAACAUUAACCCGAUUUUCACAUACGUUAUAACGACGUUCGGAAACGACUCGGUACGUUUCGGCGCAUGACACAUACAAAUUUGAGCCAUACUCAUUUCAGUACUGUUUAUUUUGCCGCAUACCGUACAAACCAUGAUUAGUAUGUGGCUAUGAACGGGCUUUACAUAUUCAAAUUGAAUAAAUUAACUAGAAGUGACAAAAAUGUACACCCAAAUGUGUCAAAUUGUGUUAUAUUAUUUAAAUUGUAUUUAUAGUUAAGCACAUAUCGCCAUUUCAUCGAUUUCAAAGCUUUAAGUGUUGAAAUUAUAUACCAUUUAUGAUUAAGAUUAUAAGAAAUGAUUAUUUAAAAUUAUAUAACUUUAUAUUAAAAAUUAUUUUUCAAAAAAUAUAUGGAAUUUUCAUUAUUAUGUC